UUUUUUUCUGAUCGAGUUCUCUACGUUUUUGCGCCAAGAAAGAGAGGGUUUUUGAAACGAUGGUAGAAGAAGCACCAGCGUCGGCGUCGGCGACGGCGACGGCGAGCGAAACCCUAACCCAAACCGCCGCGCUGGAGGCACAGAGGUCGAAUGAGGCCACCAUCACGGAGGUAGCUCAGGGAGGCGCCGAGUCCACUUGCAACAACGACCGCGCGGAAGCUUCAGCUGUCAGCUCCGAUGGAGAUCGUGAAAAGUCGCUCGAGUUCGCCGACGAGCUGAUUGAGAAGGGCUCCAAGGCGGUCAAGCACUCUAAUUACGGCGAAGCCACCGAGUGCUUCAGCCGUGCCUUGGAAAUCAGGGUUGCACAUUUCGGUGAACUUGCUCCUCAGUGUGUCAGUGCGUACUAUAAAUAUGGAUGUGCAUUGCUUUACAAAGCUCAAGAGGAGACUGAUCCAUUGGGUGCUGUACCCAAGAAGGAGGACGAGUCGCAGCAAGAAUCUGCUAAGAAUGGUGUAAAUGGUGAAUCUUCCACAGCUUCUGUUUCAUGUAAUGCCGAACAGGAUGCAAGUUUGAGUAAUCAGGAGGGAGCAGCUGAUGAUGGUGUUUCUGGUGGAAAAGACCAGGAUGAAGAUGGUGAGAAUAGCGAUGAUGCGGACCUGGCUGAAGCAGAUGCAGAUGAAGAUGAAACUGACCUUGAUUUGGCAUGGAAAAUGCUAGAUGUAGCAAGAGCUAUUGUUGAAAAACACCCGGCUGACACAAUGGAGAAGGUGGACAUAUUAUCAGCUUUGGCAGAAGUUGCAUUGGAAAGAGAGGACAUUCAAACUUCUCUCAGUGACUAUGAAAAAGCACUUUCCAUUUUGGAGCGGUUGGUUGAGCCUGAUAGCCGACGUAUAGCUGAACUAAAUUUUCGAAUAUGUUUGUGUCUAGAGAUUGGCUCCGAGCCUGAGGAAGCCAUUCCGUAUUGCCAGAAGGCUAUAUCAACCUGUAGGUCUCGUGUGCGGCGGCUCAUGCUUGAAUCAAGGAGUUUCUCGGAGUCCACAACAUCGUCGUCUGCUUCUGUAUUGGAGCCUGGUGUCACGCUUACCUCAAAUGUUACCGAGUCUGAUAAUAAUGUGACGGAUAAACAGGCAGAGAUUGAAACACUAACUGAACUCUCUGGAGAUCUGGAAAAGAAGCUUGAAGAUCUGCAACAGUUGGCGUCAAACUCAAAAUCCAUUCUCGCUGAGAUUCUGGGAUUAGCAUCUGCCAAGGCAAAAGGGACUGAGAAAAGUGAAUCUUCAGCAGUGGUGAGCUCUUCAAGGAUGGGAACUGCUGACAACAAUGGAGGUUUCGACUCCCCAACUGUUUCUACUGCUCAUACAAAUGGAGCUUCUGGAGUCACACAUCUUGGUGUGGUGGGAAGAGGAGUCAAGCGAGUGUUGAUGAACGCAGGCUCGGGAGAAUCAAGCGCAUCGAAGAAGCCUGCUUUGGAUUCAUCGGAAGAUAAGGGUGAGGGCAACGUGUCGUGAAGGUCAUGGAUUCCGGUAAAUGUAUGGACAGAAUUGAGAAAUCUUGGUUAGAUUCUGGAUUCUAGUAUUAUAUGCGGAGUAAUUCCUAUUAAAGUUUAAGCUGACUUGUAGAUUUUUGUAUGAUGAUAGACCAUACUAUUUAGAUUUGAGAUUGUGAACACCUCACUGCCCGUGUUUCCAUUUGACUAAAAGUUCAUGCUGGUUUGUGUUCGAUUUCGAAGAAAUGGUAAUGUACAAGUUGGAAGGUUA